UCGAUUUCUCACAACUUGGAAUCUAACCAUCAUCGAUCAUCAUCCACUGCAAGAAUCGGCGAAUAACGCGUCUAACAUGCCUCCAAAGCGCCGCAGAAUGUCGAACACUGAAGAGCUAAAGGUGGACAUGGAGAAACGCCCGCAGAGAACUAGAGGACGACGUGGUAAACUGCAGGGACUGAUGGAUAUGCCACUGUACAUAUGGCUUGAGAUUUUCGAACUGCUACACCCACUGGACCUGCCAUAUCUCGCUCGCUCCACCAAGCAAUUGCGCUCAGUGCUGAUGAACUGGUCAUCAUGCGCCAUUUGGAAGAAUGCCCGACUAUUGUCAUCCGAUUUUCCGGAACCGAUGACUGGGUUUUCUGAGUCGGCAUGGGUCAGCCUUCUCUUUGAACCUAACUGUCAUUUCUGUGUCAAAGGCACCGUGCAUGCAAUCGACUUUGCAUUUCGAGUGCGCGCAUGUGGUAAAUGUAUCCAACAUCAAUUCAUCUCUUACCAAGAGGCUCUGCCAUACAACGUAAUCUUUAUGCCAGAGGGCGAGAGUAUCAGUGAAAUUCUGAACUGUCUACCUACUCGACGUUCAUCUCUCCGAGCGGCGCAAAACGUUCUGUCAAGAGCGGAGAUUAUUUCCUCAGGAGGUGGCGAAGCAUGUCAAGCUUGGUGAAGCGUGGUAUAAAGGAAGACUCGUAAUCGAGAAGAAGAGCUGGGCCAGUUGCGGAUGGGUAGAGCUGCGACCAUAUUCAAGAAGCUUGUCAACCUUGGCUAUG